AUGAAGUUGGGAUUUAAAGAAGGGUUGAGACCAUUCAUUGGACUAGAUGGGACUUUCUUAAAGGGUCAUUGCAAGGGGCAAUUAUUGGUGGCUGUUGCACAAGAUUGUCAGAAUCAUUUCUAUCCCUUGGCUUGGGCUGUACUUGACAAGGAAAACACCUUGACAUGGACAUGGUUUCAGGAUCUGCUGAAACACUCAUUGAAUCUGAAAUAUGGAACCAGUAUUACCUUCAUGUCUGAUAUGCAAAAGGGUCUAUUGGAAGCAGUAAGAACUGUCCUCCCUCUCUCAAAUCAUCGGUUUUGUGUGAGGCAUAUUGAAGCCAACUGGAGUAAGAGGAUCAGAAUUUCAGGAGAGAUGAAUAAAUACCUAUGGUGGUCUGCUUGGAGCACUUAUGAGGAGGACUUUAAAGAUCAACUAAAGAGUCUUGGUGAAUUGUCUGUUGAUGCUGCUAAGGAGUUGCUUAGGUAUCCACCACAGAAUAGGUGUAGGUCCUACUUUGAUACAUUAUGCAAAAAUCAGAUGGUGGACAAUAAUUUUACAGAGUCCUUCAACUCUUGGAUCUUAGAAGCAAGAGGCAAGCCUAUCCUAAAGAUGCUUGAGGAUAUUAGAAUCAAGGUCAUGUACAGGUUGAGAGAGAAGAAAGAAGAAGCUAGAACAUGGGGAGGUGAGUUUAGUCCUAACUGCAUGAAGUUAUAUGCUGCUUAUUUGAAGGUAGCCAACUUAUGUACUGUUCAUUUCAAUGAUUUAACUGACUAUGAGGUUUCUGAUGGUGGUGAUAGACAUACAGUGAACCUAGUGGAGAAAAAAUGCACUUGUAGAUCCUGA